AUUUUCCUCUCCGCCUGGAAAAUUUUGGAGCUCCCAGUUGUUGUUAACAACGGUCUAGAGAUUCGUGUCUCCUGAAAUUGGAUCUGAGUUUUCUCCUUCAAGGAAUGAAGCACUCAAAGGAUCCGUUUGAAGCAGCAAUUGAGGAGGAACAAGAGGAAUCGCCACCGGAAUCACCUGUUGGCGGCGGCGGCGGCGGAGGAGGAGGAGGUGAUGGUAGUGAAGAGGGGCGAAUUGAAAUCGACCAGACUCAAGAAGAAGAUGAGAGACCUGUGGAUGUUCGCCGUCCGAUGAAGAAGGCUAAAACCUCCGUUGUUGUUACUGAAGCUAAGAACAAAGAUGAUGAUGAAGAAGAAGAGGAGGAGAAUAUGGAAGUUGAGCUCACUAAAUAUCCAACUAGUUCUGAUCCUGCUAAAAUGGCCAAAAUGCAAACCAUUUUAUCGCAAUUCACUGAGGAUCAGAUGAGUAGAUAUGAAUCUUUUAGGAGAUCUGCACUUCAAAGACCACAAAUGAAGAAGUUACUGAUAGGUGUCACCGGGAGUCAGAAGAUUGGCAUGCCAAUGAUUAUUGUUGUGUGUGGUAUUGCUAAGAUGUUUGUUGGGGAACUUGUGGAAACAGCUCGAGUUGUUAUGGCGGAAAGGAAAGAAUCAGGACCUAUCAGACCUUGUCAUAUCAGGGAGUCAUAUCGGAGACUAAAGCUUGAAGGAAAAGUGCCUAAAAGGUCAGUUCCACGGCUUUUCCGCUAGUCAGACAAGAGCCAAAGGAGAACUUGUAUCAGCCUAGACUCGGAAUUUACAAUUGCUGCGUACGGAUAAGGGUCUACAGGUUUAAGCUGGCGAGAUUUACCUAUCAGUCUCAUCAUAAAGGAGAUUUCUCUGGUGGAUUAUAUUGUUAUUUGAUGUUCUGAACUUUUGUAGUAAAUCAAUCUUUGGAUACAGACCCUUUUGUCUAGAACUGGCUGUUGUUUGGUUUACGAUUCCCAGUUUUUCAAUACAAGAUCAAUCAAUUU